UUGUGAAAGCUGUUGCAUUGUUUAUUUUGGUCGAGACUUUUAGUAAAAAAUCAAAACAAUUUUUGUUUUUUAUUUUAAAAAAUCACCGCAAAAUGCCUGUUAAUAUACGUGACUGGUUGCCGGUUCUAUUUUGUGGCCUUUCUAUUCCUCUAUCUUUAUUUAUGUGGCUUGGUAACCUAACACUUUCCAAAUGGUGGACACCAGAAUUCGAAGGUAAACCUAAUAUUAUACCACCAACUAGAUGGCUGUUUUCUAUUUUGGCUCCCUUGGCCUUUAUGAUAACCGCUUUGAAACGUAAAUCUGUGAAUAAAUCAGGUGCUGCUUUGGGAUUAGUUGUGGCCGUUCUAUUGUCUAUAGCAAGUCAUGCGUUCUUCUUUAGUUUGGCGGCAUUUUUCUUCACCUCUUCCAGGGCCACUAAAUUUCGUGCGCAUAUUAAAAAGAAGAUUGAAAAAGAUUUUAAAGAAGGUGAAGGUCAACGAAACUGGGUGCAAGUUCUUUGCAAUGGUGGAAUGGCUACGCAAUUAGCUAUUUUAUAUUUGAUAGAUGUGGGCAGCAGCGAAAGAUCUAUUGAUUUUGAAAAAGACUAUAGAGCUAGUUGGUUGGGCAUAGCCGUUAUGAGUGCUUUUGCUUGCUGUAGCGGUGACACCUGGGCUAGUGAAUUAGGGUGUGUACUAUCAAAAAGAGAUCCUUUCCUCAUUACAUCCUUUAAACGAGUUCCCCGAGGUACAAAUGGUGGUGUGUCAUGGAUUGGUUUGAUUGUCAGUUUCUUGGGUGGUAUGGUGGUGGGUCUAGCUUAUUACAUUACCAUACUAUUAACAGUUCCUGCUCAUAUGCUAAUGAUUAGUCCGCCUCAAUGGCCUUUAAUACUAUGUGGUGGUAUAGCUGGUCUAUUCGGUUCUGUAGUUGACUCUUUGCUGGGUGCCACUUUACAAUAUUCUGGCAUAGAUGAGGAAGGUAAAAUUGUCGAUACACCUGCCAAGGGUGUGCGUUACAUUAGUGGCUUACGUAUUAUCGACAAUCAUAGUGUGAAUCUAAUAUCCAGUAUUAUAACUGGUGUUUGUAUGCCUUUAUUUGCUAUUAAAUAUUGGCCAGAACUUUAAAUGAAUCUUUUUAAAUAUUAUUUAGUAGGUCUAUACAUUCAGUAAGCAUUUAUUUUUUUAUAUUCGUUUUACUCCUUUAAUAUUGUACUUGUUUUGUUUAGUAAAAAAAACGAAAUACGUAUAACUUUAUGUAAUGACUGAUGAUCAUGUGUAACUAAAAUGGACUUAAUAAUUGUGUGAGGGCAACUUUUUAUAAAUUUUUUAAAAAAUUAUUCAAUUGUGUCUAAUAUAUAUUGUGUUUUGUAAACAUGUUGUAAAUAAAAUGGUAAAUUUGAAAAAA